CGUCAGAUGAAGUGUAUAGGAUGGCGCUGAGAUCUGCUAGGGAUCGCUUGGAAGAAUACGCCUCCCCUGCUUUGCCAGCUGGGCUCAGAGCGUUGAAUCUUCAGCGUCCGUGCUGGACGAAACGGGCCGGCAGAGUCUCUGGACGCCCCGGAGGUGUUUUUGGCUGAAGCCGCCCCCGAGACCAGCAGCCGAAGCCUGGCGCUUCGGUUUAAACCUCGGGGCUUUCUGCUAGACGCCGAGCUGAGGUUGGUAGCUCCGCUUUGUGGACGGGUCACAGAGAACUCACUCCAUCUACCCUCCCAGAAGGGGCAGAAAUUCUAACAUGGCUUUAAGAUUACUCGUGGCCACAUUCUGGAGGCAAUUCAUGGUUACCACCGAUAGGUUGAUGCUGCUGGAACCAGCCACGUGGCAGAGCACCGGCUUCUAAAAUAAGAGGCACCUCCCACAAUAACUUCCUUUUUAAGGAAGCUAUUGGGAGAUAUUAUUGUAGGAGAUUAAAAUCAGAAGAAGCCUCUCGGUCUGUUCUCAUCCUCUGCAGAUCUUCUCCACUCACCUCUGCAGGAUGGACCGCUCCGCCAACUUCACCUGUUUCUCCGCCACCACUUUGGCAGAGCCCAACUGGACCGAUCCUGGCCUCUUGCCCAGCCCUUCCGGCAUGGGUAAACCUUUGUCAGUCUUCAAAGUCCUCAUCUUGACUUUGCUGGCCAUGCUGGGGGUUGCCACCUUCCUUUGGAACCUGCUGGUGCUGGCCACCAUCUUACGGGUACGUACUUUUCACAGGGUACCCCAUAACCUGGUCGCCUCCAUGGCCAUUUCUGAUGUGAUGGUGGCUGCCUUGGUGAUGCCCCUCAGCCUGAUAUACGAACUGUCUGGCCGUCGCUGGCGGCUGGGCAGGCUGCUGUGCGAGAUCUGGGUCUCCUGUGACGUGCUGUGCUGCACGGCCAGCAUCUGGAACGUGACGGCCAUUGCACUCGAUCGCUACUGGUCCAUAACGCGGCACUUGGAAUACACGCUGAAGACUCGCCGGCGUAUUUCCAAUCUUAUGAUAACUGUCACUUGGCUGCUCUCUGCUAUUAUCUCCUUGGCUCCGCUACUUUUUGGAUGGGGAGAAACUUAUUCCGAGGGCAAUGCUGAAUGCCAAGUCAGCCGGGAACCUUCUUACACCGUCUUUUCAACCUGUGGAGCUUUUUAUGUGCCUCUCUGCGUUGUGCUGUUUGUCUACUGGAAGAUCUACAAAGCAGCCAGGUUUCGCAUUGGAUCCCGUAAGAGCAAUUCCAUCAGUCCAAUUACACCCGGAGUUCUAGAGAUCAGGGAGGAUUCCCAGCACCCACAGAUUGUGUUCACCGCCCGCCAUGCCACAGUGACGUUCCAAACGGAUGGAGACACUUGGCGGGAACAGAAAGAGAGGAGAGCUGCCCUCAUGGUGGGAAUCCUCAUUGGCGUCUUUGUCCUCUGCUGGAUCCCCUUCUUCGUCACUGAACUCAUCAGCUCCCUCUGCUCCUGUGACAUCCCACCAGCCUGCAAAAGUGUUUUCCUUUGGCUCGGAUAUUCCAAUUCAUUUUUCAACCCUUUGAUCUAUACAGCCUUCAACAAGAAUUACAACAAUGCCUUUAAGAACCUCUUCUCCAGGCAACAAUAAACAGUGCCCGGGGAGAGGGCCCAUAGGUGAUUUUUUCCCCCAAAAGGCAACUGGAGGUUCUUGCUUUUAUUUUUUCUUUUGAAAGCAUUUUCCUUCUCGUCCAAGAAGCUUCUUCACUUCUAACUGAUGGGUGGGGAAUGGAGCGAUUUAUAUUCUUUACAAUCAUUCAGUCAUUAUCUCACUUAGGGACAGUCAUUAGGUCUCUGAGAGUUGUUGAGGCCACUUGGGACUUUUUCUCUAUUCUCAAAGUCACCUGAAUUAAGAGUGUAAAUGAGGGUGGAAAAUUCAGCAGUUCCAAGAAAGUUCCCCAUCCGUUUACGUUCUGAUUCAGUUGAGUCUCAGGAUACAGAUGAACCUCCAAGUAGCUUCAAUGACUCUCAGAAAGAGUACUAAUAAUCAGGUGACUUCCAAGAUUAUAAACCUUUCCAUUCCCCACCAUCAAUUAGAACUGAAGAAGCUUCUUGGAUGAGAAAUGAAAUGUUUUCAAACAAAAACCAAGAAAGUCCAGUUGCCUUUUGAAAAAAGCACUUUGGGACAAUCAUGAUCUGGAUGAUGGAGAAGGUUUAUAUCUCAGGAGAGAAUAUUCUCUCUAUAAAGAUUCCAUGCUCCCAUCCAUCCUCCAGAGGAGGAAAAGCUCUUGAAAUAAACAUCAUUUCUUUCCAGUUGAUCCAUUUAUUCCAGUUGCUCUUAAUAUCUCUGUUAAUUCUCCAUUGCUGUAGGAAAUUAUUGAAGUCAGUAGCUGCUUGUUCAGACACAGUAUUUUCCUGGCACUCAUAUAAUGGUGUUUUGCCAAUCAGAAAGCCUGAUUUUUCUUCUCAGCUCAGUUGCACUUGCUAAUGUGACACUCUGUGAUGUUCCUAUCAAUGUCACUCUAGGAUGUUCAUGGCCACCAAGAAAAUCACAGAACCUGUGACAUCAUCCAUAAUGUGACUGACAUCAGCUCCAUAGUGAGAGAAAUCUGUUAUUCUUUGUAACUCUUUGGAGAAUUCAUAUCUCAUAAAUGUGCAAUACUGCUCAAUAUACAAGUAGGGUAUUUAAAUAGUCAUUCACAGAGGGGUAGGAAAGAGAAUGAGGUAUCCACUUUGCACAUGUUUUUUUGGACAGUUUAAUACUUCUUUAUUUCAUUACAUUAGUAAGGAAUAUAUAAUCCUUCAGGUAUAGCUGAACUAAAAUUCCUGGCAGACUUAGGCAGGAUGGAUACUGGAGAAAGAAUUGGAAGUUCAGGCACAUCUGAAGAGCCAUGGAUUCUCCAUUCCUGUGUUAUUGUUUCAGACAUCCAAGAACCAAGCAUCUGGUUCUGUGUUGCCAGGUAGUAACUCACACCUUGAGUUGGACCCAGAAGCAAAGGUGUUACAUGCACAUACUGCUCGCCCCUCACAUUCUACAGCAGCUGCAGUUUCCAAAUCCUCUUCAAAGGUAGGCCCAUGAAGAAUUAAAACACGAUAUUUGGAUACAUUUAAUCAAAACUAUCAGUAGUAUUGAAUUUCUACAAGCACAGUGCAUCAAAUAAUUUUUGUGUUUGGAAAAAGUCUAAUAUGAAAAAUACAUGGGCUUGGAUGCUGGAAGAAGAAGAGGUUAUACCAAACCUAAGCAAUGUUAUUCUAACAGAGAUCCAAAUCAGCCCAGAUUCUCCUUCACAGCUAUUUUCAGCUGAUUAAACUUUCUAGUUUCUACUUUUUCUCAGUAAAAGAGCUUCCCCAACCUAGUGCCCUUCAGCUGUAUUGGGACAAUUAUUACAAUUUUCAAUAUAGCACCAGACUAGUAGCUCUGUGGGGGGGGGGAAGUUAUGAUGAAAUUGUUUUAUGUAAUGCAUGAAGGCCCCUUAAUUUUUAAUAUGAAUUAAGGUGAGAAGAAGUAGUAGGAGAAGAGGGAUAGAUCAUUACUUCUGUUUGAAUGUUUGCAGAAAUUGAACAACAAUAGGAAAUAUAAACCAAUUCCAGCUACAUUGUUUUGUAACAUUUGUGGAAAAUCGAAUGUUUCAUAGGCACUAGAAUCUGAUUCUAUUUCUUGCUGCUUUACUUUUUGUCUUUCGUUUUCUAAAAAGAGCACCGCAAUAUUGAAUAAAGUGUGAAAGCUUUAACAC